GCACCACGCCCAUAACCCGCCUUUGUAACUUCAUCGUCGAGAGUCCACACCAUGCGCUUCUCUACCACCGCUCUCGCGUACCUCGCAACCGCACUCCUGUCCACGCUCGCCCCGAAGGUGGCGCAGGCCGGCAUCACCGCCUUCAGCGGCAGUAGCUGCGACGGCAACGCCGGGCUGAACGUUCCCUGCGACGGCUCGUGCCACCAGUUCGACAACCGCCACUCCUUCCGUGUCGACAGCGGCACGGGCGACCACUGCGUGACGGUGUUCGAGGAUGAGGGCUGCCCCGUGGACGGCCAGGGCGCCUUCCUUGCGCACCAGACGGGCCAGUGCCAGAACGUGAACACGGGCACGAACGUCCGGUCCUUUGUCUGCGCGAAGGACAGCACCUGCUUGCUCGGUGUCUGAGCCGCGUUCCAUUUGCCGGCGGUGUUCCGAUCUGUAGACAAGGAAACCGGUAGUAGCAUGCCGUGGGUAGCGGAGAGUGUGCCGAGAAUGCAGGAGAGGUGGUCAAUGCAAUGAUGAUUUUGUCAGACAAGUCUGUGUGCGACUCGGAGCGUCGGAGCGUACAAGAAAGGUCGCCAUCGCCGUACUACCCAGUCUUAUAGAACAGGAUGU